AACAACUAUUUAGAUCUGCCGUUUAUUUGCAUGCGUAGUUUAACUUCAUAGCAAACAAUAAAAUGGUAGCUGAUGAGGAUAUCUUAGAUCGACAGAUUGCGUGUAUUCUUGUUUGUAUAUUCUUGUCAACAAAUGCCGCGUACACAUACAGACUAUGUGACAUCCUGGAUAAAAGACAAGCUUUGACAGUAUGUGAGGAUGGCGCGUCGACAACAGCGAAAACAGUGUACAUAAACUUGCUUUUGAAGUCGGUUAAAGAAUGCCGAUGUAUGAUACUCACAAAUUCAAACACACCAGUACAUGGAUUCGCUUCCCUGUUGAAUGUGGAUUCCUCCCACCGUUUUGCCAUAAGCUUCGACUCGAAUUCCUGGCCGCAAAACAAGAAUUAUUUGCAUAUCCAAAUAGGACAUUUAACCCACAUGCAUUACUAUGUGGAAAAUCCCUUAGCUGGACAACCGGGCUGUUUAAUGAUAAGCGUGCAGGAAGAAAACAUGAACAUCACUUGCUAUGCAAGUCCUAAUGUGCUGACAAGAAUGAAAUCAGUAAAUUCAACAAGGUCAGAGGAAAUAAAGCCAUGGGAAUCCCCCAUUGUUGUUGGAUUAUCUGCAACCGGUGGAGUUCUGGGACUCAUAUGCACAGCAGUGGUUGUCAUCGUUGUCUUUAAAUACAGGAGACGAAAUACAAAUGCAAUAUCGAGGAAAUCUGUUGUAUAUGAUAUACCAGAUGACGGUGGUGUACUUUAUACCGAUGACAGUCCGGCCUUGAACAAUAGUUCUAGACUGUUUCGGAGGGGACAAACUAUCGAUGCUAAUUCAAAUGCUCCCAUGGAAACGGUGCUGGAGAAUCCUUACGCUACCAUAAAUGACGAAGACGAUGAAGAUGACAAUGUACUUAAAGUUGAAACCAGACAUGGCAAUACGUCUCAGAAUUUUGACAGCAUGCUGUUUACAAUGCCAAGUGAGGAGACCUCUGUUAAAGUAUAUGCAUACAGUUAUGAUGCAAAUGAUACACCAGUUCGAAACUGUGCUGCUGCGGUUUGUAAAGUGGAACAAGGUACCAUGUACAUAACUUGCGUCGAUCGUACUAGCGCCAGCUUACCGUGUAACCAUUAUGCUGGUCAUAUUGCGCACCGAUGUGCCACUCAUGAAGAGAGAGUAAACCAUACAACAGACCAUCUGGGCGAAUCAAACGGAUACCUGCAUGUUGUUUAUAAACAAUAAACGACAAAGAAAAUUAUACCAGGUGUUUUAUCACCGUAUUCAACAUACGUUAAAUGACAUAAUUGGGUUACAUAGACGUAUGUACACGAAUGCGAAAAUCUUUAAAACAAAUAGCCGCAAGCUAAACAUAUUAUCUCAAGUCGAUUAAUAUAAUCACCUCCGAUACAGUUAAUACAGAUGAUGUUUUACGCUGCAAUUAUUAGAAUAAUUUAAGACUAUACUGAACAACGGCAAUCAAGUACAGUUUGCGUGUUAUGACCAUAUUUGCUUGCCUUGUCUGCACAUUUGCUUGUACAUUUCGUUGAAUAAAUGUUUUAAUGCAUUUUAAAAAACGCCUCGUAAAAGUAAGUUCGCCGAUGAACUUAUUUUAACAUCGGCAUUUAUUACAAAACUAUCGAUAGGACCAUGUCGAAAUGUAUUUUAAUGUGCAUAUAAAACGUAAAAGCUAUUUGAUUUUAUUCCCUCAUGUGUUGCUUUUAACACGUAGCAUAUGUUCAUCAUAUAACGCUUCUCUAGAACUUCUUUUCUCUUACUAAGUCUCUUCCGACAUGUAUGUAGAGUGUUUAUACUUUACUUUUUUGAACUAUCGCUUUAAAUUUAUACAUGUAUCUUUCUUGCACAUUUCUUCUCCAUCUUUUCUUCUUUUCUCUAUUAACUACUAUAUCUCCUUAUCAAAAUAAUUUCAUUGUUGUUAUAUGUAUAAGCAAACCAAUAAUGUUCGCUUGAAAACAUGCAACUUAAUAUAACCCUUUUGGAGAAGAACUAUAUAAGACGAAGUCUUCCGUUCUAAUCCAAAUCAAACUUGUUUGUAUGCAAUUGUUGUAUGUUUCAUGUGUAAAUGCAUUCUUGUUUGAAAUAAAAUACGUUUAAACUAA